GUCCGACAUAGCCUUUGAUCCGGACAGGCUUGCGCAGAGGACGUCAGAGCUGAAGGUCCAGGACCUCAUCGAUGCCAACAAGCUCGUGGACUACGUCAAGCAGAACAUCAAGUGCGGCCUGCACUUUCGCAGGGGCGUCGCGGACAUCAACGCAGCGUGCGCCCUGGCCUGCGGUGACUCCUCGUUCGCGAACAUGCCGGGUGAGAAGAGCCAGGCUCGAGUAGUGCUGUGCCUCACCUGCGCGCCUCGAGAAGUUGUGGGCGGACGCUUUGACAAGCAGGUGCCCUUGGUGUGGGCAAGUUUCCGAGUCAGGCGAGUUGUGAGAUCCACGUUAGUUGCGGAGGCAUACAGCAUCAGCGAGGCUAUGGAGCACGGCCAGUUUCUAUCCUACACAGAAGCGACCGGCCGCGAAGCCAACAACAGUCCUGAUUUCAUCGACAAGAAGACCGACCACGAGGGGAUCGGGCACCACGCUGAGGAGAUCAACCGCGAGUGGAUCGGGCACCACGCGUGGCAGAUCAACCGCGAGAGGAUCGGGCACCAUGUGUGGCAGAUCAACCGCGAGUGGAUCGGGUACCACACCAGGCCCGACUCCGACAACGGCGACAGGCGCCGCUACAAGAACGAGGAACCAGUCCAGAUCACGAGGCAGAGGAUGGCCAAGACGGUAAAGACGAUUGGCGACGAAGCUGCACGUGACCCCAGGUGUCGUCCGGCUAGAAAGGUGGAGAUCAAGACGGUACCGCAGGACUUUGAUUUCGCGGGCAGCAAGACGAAGCUGCUGAAGGCCGGUCUCGAGGGCAUUCCCUAUGUGAUCAAGGUGUCGGAGCGCGUGAUGAGGCACUAUAGUCCCGAGGGCAGGCAGAUCACCAAGGGCGAGGCGAACAAGAUGGCCAGUGGCAUUGGCUGCUACAUGGACCCACAGUCCAUUGGCGGACGAUUGAGGAUGCGAUGGGACGUUCUGCAGCGCGGAGAAGGCUAA